AGGCUCAAUUCCCUCUUCUAAGCUUAGCGGAGUAGGCAGCCUGUCCACCGCUUCUGCUCUUCUUUACUAUAUUCUGAAAAAAUCAUUUAACCCGGCUCAUUCGAAACUAUGCCGUCUGACAAAGACGCAGAGGUAGGCGUCGCUGAGCAAGUUGAGCAACAGUCUCAAGACGCAGCCAUCCCUGGCACCAAGGAAGGCGAGCAAGCCUUGUUUGCCCAGUUUGCAAACAAGAGCGAAGAAUGGCGCAUCGAAACCGAUAAGAAGCUCGUUCGCAAGAUCGACUUACACUUGAUGCCCUUUUUGAUUCUAAUGUAUUUACUCAACUUCCUCGACCGUGCCAAUCUAGCACAGGCUAGACAAGGCUCACUCGAAAAGGAUCUCGGCAUGAAGGGCACUGAUUUUAAUCUUGCAACCUCCAUCUUCUUUGUGGGAUAUUUGUUGAUGCAGCUGCCUUCAAAUAUUCUCCUCACCCGUGUUCGACCGUCCAUCUAUCUUCCUGCAGCUGUUUUAGCAUGGGGCGUCGUCUCAACCUGCAACGCCGCGACUCACAAUUUCACCCAACUGGUUAUUGUUCGGUUCUUUUUAGGUUUUGCUGAGGCACCAUUCUUCCCUGGAGGUGUCUUUCUGAUGUCUUCGUGGUACACUCGACCGGAGCUGACUCGUCGAAUUGCCUGGUUCUACACUGGCAACUCACUCGCCAACAUGUUUGGUGGCAUGAUUGGAUACGGCGUCUUGAGGGACCUUGACGGAGCUCAUGGAAUCGCCGGCUGGCGGUGGCUCUUCAUUGUUGAAGGCGUCGCCACCAUAGGCACGGCUUUUAUCGCUGCCUACUUCCUCCCAGAUUACCCAUCUACUACCCGUUGGCUAGAUGAAGAAGAACGCGCCUUUGCUUCGUGGCGGCUGCUUGCUGACGUCGGUGAAGCGGAUGAUCGCUCUGCAAGCCUCAAGGAUGGACUCAUCAUGGCACUCAAAGACUACAGACUCUACAUUUUUAUUCUUUUCCAGCAUGUCAGCUUGCUGUCGCAGACAUUUCAGUACUUCUUUCCGACCAUUGUGCAAACAUUGGGCUUCUCGCCCCUCAACACGCUUCUGUUGACAGUGCCUGUCUGGUUCGCCACAUUCUUAACCUCCAUCGUCGUCAAUUGGACGGCAGCUAAAACAGGAGACCGCUGGAUUCAUAUCACUGCGCUGAUGCUGAUCUCGGCGAUUGGCAAUGCAGUUGCCACAGGCUCUACCAACACUGGCGCUCGAUACUUUGCCAUGUUUCUCAUAGCCAUGGGUGCCAUCUCGGCCUACACAAUUCUUGUCGGUUGGGUUGCCAACUCAUUCCCUCGGCCGCUGGUCAAGCGCUCUUCCGCCAUUGCCAUUGCCAAUAUGCUUGGCAACUGCGCGAGCAUCUACGGCUCCUAUAUGUAUCCAGCGCACGAUGGCCCUCGUUACAUUGCUGGAGGCAGUGCUAAUGCUUCUGUCUGUGUACUGACGGCUCUCUUGGCUAUAUUAUUAAUGUUUAUUCAUCGAUGGGAGAAUAAGAAGCUGGAAAGGGGGGAGCGAGAAGGAAGUGAGAAUGACGCACAGGUUGGGCCUGUAGGCUUCCGUUAUAUCUAUUAAUACAGAGUCCUGCGUUGCGAGGUGUGAU